GACACAUCACCUGACAGGGCUGAGCUGUGGGUUAGGGUUAGAGGUGUCAGAGCCCGUCUCUGGAGGUGUUUAAUUAGAGAUGUUCCUGCACAUUCAGUCCUGUGAGUGACUUUGUAUGAUGACAAUUUAAAUAAAGUUUAAAGUAAAAAACAAAAAAGUUCAGACCAGACUUUACUGCGCAUGCGCGGAAACCCAAGAAAACCGGAAAUGCAGCUGAGCUCCUGCUCGUAAACAGGAGAAGAAGAAUGACGACGGCGGCUCUGACUGCGGGUCUGGAGCGGAUCCCGGAUCAGCUCGGGUACCUGGUCAUCAGCGAGGACGGAGUUCUGGCCUCAGCAGGGGAGCUGGAGAACGAUGAACACACAGCAGCUGUGAUGAUGCAGAUGGUUCGAACAGCGAGUCGAUUCAAGUUACCUGGAUCAGCUGAGCCGCCCUUCAAACGCAUGUCAGUGACUCUGGAGGACUUUGUUUACAUGGUGACGGUUUCUGGUCAGAAGGUUUUUGUGGUGAAACGUCAGAACAACCAGCAGGAACCAAUCAACGCUUAGAGAGCGACACACAGGAAGUGAGGUGGAGGUCAGGUGACCUGAGGAGCAGCGGUGAAGGUCAGAGAUCAUCUGUUCGUCUGCAGCAGGGACUGUUUCCGACUGUUAAAACCUAAAUAAAGUUUGUUUGAAUUUGUUUAUUUAACUGAAUAAAAUGAUUUAAAUGAGUUUAUUAAUGUUGAUUUAAAUGUGACGAUCGUCGUCAGACGAGAUAAGAUGUUAGAUUUAAGUUGAAUUCAACAUUUAGUAGAAAAGAAUAACGUUUGUCAACACGUGAACUUCAGAUGUAAAGCUCAGUUUCUCUCCAGACUUUUCUACAUAAGUGACGUUUGCUCGGAUAUAAAAACGUCGAUUUAAGAAUCGUGAUGGAAACAUUCGGCUCAGUUUCCCUAAACCUGUCUAUGAAUUUGUGAACUUAUUUCUCAACGAUUCAUCACAAAAUGUUUUGUUCAUGAACCAAUUUAUAACAAAAUAAAGUUUAAUCAGAA